CAAAACAUUCACAAAUGACCAAUGUUACUAUUCCUAUAGAUUACAACUUCUUGUUGGACUCUUCGUUGGCACUUUAUAAACCCAAGGGCCGCCCGCAUGUAACUCUCACAUUUGCUCAGAGUCUGGACGGAAAGAUAGCUGGGAAGCAGGGCAAGCAAUUGACCCUUAGUGGAUCCGACUCUAUGAAGGCAACGCAUAUUUUGAGGGCAAGACACGAUACAAUCUUGGUAGGGAUAGGUACAGUCCUUAAUGACGACCCCCGUUUAACAGUACGCUUGACUUUAGAGGAUUUACCUUCUGGAUGUCGAUCUGUUGAGCAUCCACAACCAGUCAUUUUGGACAGUACUUUACGGUUCCCUUCGAAUGCCAAGCUCCUUUUGCCCUCAUCGCCAAAGAAGCCUUGGAUAUUUACUGUCUCUGGACAUGACCAUCAAAAACGAGCUGAACUUGAAGCCCUUGGAGCCAAGAUAUUUGUUCUGGAUGCUGAUGCACAAGGUCGUCCUUCGAUCACACAUUUACUUUCAGUUCUUCACCAGCAGUCAGCUGGAUCAUUGAUGGUUGAAGGAGGAGCAGGUAUCAUCUCUACUUUUCUAAAGUCGGGACUAGUGGACUCUUUCCUAGUGACCAUUGCUCCUGUCUAUGUAGGCGACAUUGGUGUCAGUGCAAUGCAGGAUACGGAGUCAGCUCUAAAGCUUGAUGAUAUUUCAUAUCAUUCGUUGGGGCGGGACGUGAUGAUUGUAGCAAAACCACGACGAGAGUAAACAUCAAUAAAACACC